AAUAAAGUGAUUCCAUUCACAUGGGGAAAAGAGAUGCUGUAGAUGAAAACUUGGAAUGUGAUGCAGAGGAGUUCCUGGUCUCCCUGACUUUAUUGAUUGCAGAAGGUCGAACUCCAGAAUGUUCAUUGAAAGGUCGAACUGAAGGAUUUCACUGUCCUCCUGCUCAGUCAAGCCAGGUGGUGUCUGCAAAACAUGAGUGCAGUGACAAGCUUCCACAGUGUCUUCAAGCCAGAAAGACGAGGUCUGAUGUUAUAUUGCUAUGGAGGAAUAAUAUUCCCAUCAUGGUGGAGGUGAUGCUGCUUCCUGAUUGCUGCUACAGUGAUGAUGGGCCUACAUCAGAGAGCAGUGAUAUUAAUGAUCCUGCAUUCAAACAGGAUGCAUUGUUGCUGGAAAGAUGGAUUCUGGAGCCAGUUCCAAGACAAAGUGGAGAUCGUUUUAUUGAUGAGAAGACUCUACUUCUGGCUGUUCGCUCUUAUGUGUUCUUUUCCCAGCUGAGUGCAUGGCUGAGUGCCUCACAUGGUACUGUUCCACGCAAUAUUAUAUACAGAGUAAGUGCAGCAGAUGAAGAGCCUCUUUGGAAAUUUACACAGACUCCAACAGAACACGUCUUUCCAGUCCCUAAUAUUUCUUCAAAUGUAGCACUGAAGGUCACCGUCCAGUCCCUUCCAAGACAGCCAAGUUACCCUGUAUUGAACUGUAGUAUUCACACAAGCAUUAGUUUGUUUGGAAAGCAGAUCCAAGAUGUUCGCCAUGCUUGUAACUCUGUUAGGGCAGAGCUAUACAAAUCACAUAGCCCACCAUGGUUGGCUGCCAAGCAAACUCUGGGUCAUCUUUGUGAAAACCCAGUAUACACAAGAAAGUACCCACCUCCUGAGGAUGCUCCUUUGAAAACAUUAUGCUUGUAUCCAAAACUCAGCAAAGAGUCUGAAGUUAAACAUUCACAUGACAAGUGCUUUACAUUAGCUGUUAACGAUACCUACAGAACACAUUCACAGGAACAAGGGGUUAAAACACUGAAGUCACUUUCUUUAACUGAUUCACAUGCUUCUGUCUGUCAGUGUUACCGGGUGUCUGCAGGAGAAACCAGUCCUUUAAUAGGUUCACUGCUGAGAGAUCGACAAGAAGUUAUAGCACGAAUUGCCCAAAAUCUGAAUUACUGUGAUCCAGGUGUUCCACAUGUCGCUGGGCACCCUUUCAAUGCAUAUGAAGCAGAAGUAAUCGAUUCAAAGGGCUUUGUGGGCUUGCAUGAAGAAGAUUGCUCAGUAAAGAAGUGCAAGGAGUCACUUUUAGGUCCUGCUGUGAGGAGAGAGAGUUUUCUUGAAAAAGAUCCUGAAGGAAAGGCCAAGUUCAGUGGUACACCUUGCAGUUUUCAGAGAAAGGAUGACCAUGACAGAGAACUUCAUUCUCAAAUACGAAGAAAACUGUUCCUUUCAGAUUCUAAGGACAUUAGUAAUUUAGAAGCCAUUCAUGACUUUUCAGAACACACAGAAGUAUGUCAGCACAAUCAGAAGUGUUCUACUGUAGUCAGUAGUACAUGUUCAGCACCUUCCUCAAAAAGUACAGUAGGUUCAACAAAGGGAGCUGACUUGUUAAAAAGUUGUUGUGAACAAAAAGAUCAAACACAAUGCACAGAAAGAACUAAACAGUGCUCUAAAGAAAGCACUGAAAAACAAGCCUAUGUAAACAGUAGAUGCAAAAGCAAAAUGAUCUCAUGUGAAAGCAGUAUUACAGACUGUGUUUUCAGCAGUCAUCUUGGCAAAAUAAAAAAAACUGAAAGUGCAAAAGCUGGAACUGAAAUGCAGAGAUCAGGCUCAUUACAAUUCCUCACAAAGUGCUUAGAUCAUAAAGACUCUAAAGUAAAAAUAUCUGAGGCAAGUAUAAGCAAACCUUUUAAUUACCAGCUUUUUAACACAGAAAAACAUUCAAAUAAAGAAAAUGACUGUAUGCAGUGGAAGGAUAAACUAGGCAGACUUGUGCACACUGAAAAGAAGGACCCACUAAAUUAUGAAGUCAAGCAUGGACUGCUAAAAAAUUGUAGAGAAGGCUGGGAGGCAACACCAGAACAGCUAACAGAUUUUAAUACACUGAAAACUGUACAACAGGUACCACUGAAACCUAGCAAUGUUUGGAAACGACAGAACCGCCACUCCCUAGAUGAGCUAGUCACAAAAGCAUUUCAUCCUCGAACUGGACUGCCACUCCUUUCAAGUCCGGUUCCUCAAAGAAAAACACAAAGCAGAUAUUUUGAUUUGGAUACUUCGCUUUUAAGAUUGAAAAGCUUACCUGAAAAGAGGCAUUGUUUAAAAACAGAAGCUGAAUCUGAGUCUGAGGACAGUGGGAGACAACAGUUAAGUGCAAGUGCCCCACCUACGACCAGUCUUAGCCUACUUGGGAACUUUGAGGAAUGUGUCCUGAAUUAUCGAUUGGAUCCACUGGGGACUGUUGAAGGCUUUACAGCUGAUGUUGGAGCGAGUGGAAUAUUUUGUCCCAAUCAUAUUAACCUACCAGUUGAAGUAUUGUUUUACAGUGUUUCUGAUGACAAUGCACCUUCACCCUAUAUGGGAGUGAUUAACUUGGAGUCCCUUGGCAAAAGGGGUUAUCGUGUACCUCCUUCUGGAACAAUCCAAGUGGUUCCAGAGUACUAAAUCUGGAAAGGUCUACCUCCACAGAGACAUAAGACUCUUAUUUUCUCGGAAGUCCAUGGAAGUUGAUAGUGGUGCUGCAUAUGAACUUAAGUCGUAUACAGAAGCUCCAGCAAAUCCUUGUUUUUCACCAAGAUGUUAGUCAACUGUGAAACUAAGUGGAUAUUCUUACAUUCAGAAGACUGAAGAGAAUUUGUUAUUCAGCAGAGAUGGAACAAAUAAUUUGCACUAGUCUGCAAGAGUGUGAUUUCUUACAAGACACACCGGGCCCAUUUGUAAAACAUUUGUUGAAUGAAGACUUUGUGAUUUGUCAUCAUGAGCCAUCCUGAAUGAGUCAUAUCUUAAGGUUCUUCCUUUCUUCCAGUCAGUAUUCAGCAUUUUUUUCCACACAUUCUUACAGUUAGUGGUUGGUACACACCCAUGAUAGUGCCCACAAAAAUGUAACAAUUUGUCUGUGUAAGCCCACUCAUUCCCUGUGUCCACCAUUUCCUUUUUGCCACCCACAGAGUUCAAGACUGUAAUGCUGUUAUCAGUAAAAGUUCCUGCAUUGCAAGCUUUCUUUUUCUUUAAUGUUCUUUAUGGCAGUUAAAACUCUGUGGGACUGGUGUGUGUGUCUGUUGUGAUCUAAGCUUGCAUAGGACAGAAUUUAUUACUGGAAAUGUAGUUUGGAGGAUUGGUAGAGCCCUAGUCCUCCUAGAGUAAGUCUGAGUUUUGCUUGGCCUUAUGGUUUUGCAUCAGGCCAUUCCCCUCCCCAGUCAGUAUAGUCAUAAACCUGUUCCAGUCCCUUUUGGUUGCAACAAAGCAAAAGGCCUGAAGCAGUGCUCUUCCAGCUCCCACAGAGGAAGGAGUUGAUCUUGAGAUAAUUUCACUGUCUACCCUCUCUUCACUCAGCUGAAACUUGGAGAUGUCCUACCUCAUUUUGAAAAUUGGCACCUCAGGGUCACUCGUUCUCCAAUCGGCAUACUGACUGACCAAGAUUCUUCUAUGCUCUUCCAAGUUCUAACAAAGAUGUUGGUCCUGGUUAAGGAGUGGCUUUUUGAAGACCUCUUACAUAAGGACUUGUGUGGUGGAACCACCAGGCCUAGCACAAACUUCUCUUUUGGCAUGUGUGGGACCUUGAUCUGCUAGACACCUGGCAAAAGCCCUCUCCAUUCUCAUUUGAGAGUAUAUGUGCACAGUUCCCUUGUUUCUGGUUGUAUGGAGGAUGAAAAAGGCUCCUUCCCCACUUGAAUUCUCUUUGAAAGGUUAGGUAUUUUUUAAUGCUUUUGUUUCCAAAAUGGGCAAGAACAAGCGAGUCUUUCUGCUUAUCUAUGUCUCUUCUUAGAUAGCCUUUUGUUUGGAGGAUCUUUAUAGGUCUUGGGGUCAAGCAUGCUUUGAAACCCCUUGUCAUUGUCUCCAUAGAACCAGCUUUCAGCCAUGCUACCAUGGAAACCCAGAGGUACCUCUUUCUUUAUUUUUGUAGCCCCAGGAGUGUGAAUGGCUAGCAUAAGCCCCCAUCCAUUUGGUGAAAUUUGCUGCGUAAGCAUCUUGGAUCUAACUCUUAUAUGGGCUCUGCAGUAAUUUUAUUCUCCCAUGUCAGCUAUCAAGGAUACUGGAACUUUGGACACUAAGACAAGUGUAGCAAAAAGAUAUAGUUCUCUGCCAGACUUGAACUUAAGGCCUUUUCUGGGUUCCGGUGCGUACCUCACGAGACAUUUCUCUGUGAGCUGCAACACCAAAACCAGAAGGCUGCAGUACCACUUCACUGUAGAGCGGUAUGGCUGAAAAGCACAAUCACUGCAGCUUUAGUCUCCAACAAGAAACCAAGCACAUUGCGGUGAUCCCUAAGGACAGCUACUUGGCUGUAUUCUAACAGAGACAGCCACUCUAGAAGAGUUAAUCUUUGACUUUGUCCAGUUUUCUUGCACCCAUGUACAUCAUAACAGUAGCUGAUCUAGUACAGUUGUCUCUGUUAGGUAGCUGUCCUUGGGGAUUGCCCUGAUGUGCUUGGUUUCUUUUUGGAGGUUUAAGUUGCAGCGAUUGUCCUUUUCAGCCAUACUGCUGUACGUCGAUACAGUGCUGCAGCCUUCUGGUUUUGGUGUUGUCGCAGAAAAAUGUCUUACAAGCUACACACCAGAACCCCCUUUUUUAUUUCCAUCUUAUUUGUCUAAAUUCUUGUCCAUCCAAAUGAAAUUCAUGCUGGACAAACUUGAUCACCUCCUGUAAUCUGGUAUUGUAGGAGAGCCUCUUCCAAACUUUGUUGUCACUUAGGUGGGCUGUCAUGUAACUGUCUGCAUUUGGAUUGUGGAGAUGAUGGGGUCACAGGCACAAGUAUGUGCCUGCACAGAAUGGCUUGGCUGAUGUUACCCUCUUUUUAGGCCCUCUCAUUUUGAGUAUUCUGGGCUGGCUGGUUGUUUAGGAGGUACUCUCUGUUCAGGUAUUCCAGGCCAUGAUGGGUGGCCUGCUAAGGAAGAAACAGGGCCCUUCCUCCCUGAAGGAACCAUUUCCUCUCUUUUUGGUCCUCCCUUAAUUCUUCUAAGAGGAGGAAUUUUUUACUGCCAUAUAGCCAAAGAUGAGCAUUCCUUAGAUAUCCCCUGUUGCUGGAUGCAAACCACAAGAGGUGUUAUUUCUGUUGGUCACCUUGCUACACAUUCUUCUCCAUUCUGAUCCGGCCAUGUGGGAGGGAGCAUCUGAAAGUUGUGAUCAGGAAAAUCCUUUUUUAUUUUGAGGCAGAGGAACUGAAGUUUGAUGGCCUUUGAUCACCCCAAUUUCCUUUUGUGUAUUUCUUCUUUGAACAUCAAAUGGCAGUUCUCCAUUCAAGCUGUUAGGAUAGGCCCAGUGUCUGCAGCUUGGUGAACAGCAAAGGGUGCCCUGCUUUUAGGAGAAAAGGAAGCCAGCCCUUCUGCCCUGUUCUCAACAGGACAGGAAGAGUAUUUCCAUCCAGUUCUUUGCCCUGCUGUCUGUGCUGUCCAGGGUGGAAUUCUGAUGUCCCAUGCCUCCCCCAGACUGCUUGUUACUGGGUGGUUGUUUGUCCUUGACAGAUUUGCAUAGUUAUUUGUGAUCAUCAUAGUAGUUCCCACCAUUUUGCUGUAGAUGGGCAUCAUUUUUGGUUUGAGUUUCCUCCCUGAUGUUCCAUUAGAAUCCAGAUCCUUCCCAGAUAUUGGCUGAUGUGGCAGAAGUCUGUGAAGGUUUUAACUCCAGCGUACCAUCUUAAUGAAUGAAAGAUUACCCAGGAGGUUGUGUUUUUAACCCAUUAGUUAAUGCAGUUUAUGGCCCAAGUUUGAAAGCAGUUGUAUCCUCAGAGAAAGAUUGCUGUUGCAUUCAUUCUAAUUCCAUGACACAUCUGCAGAUGUGGAUGUUAAGGUUCCUGAGGAGGCAGAGCCGUCUCUGUCUUUCUACUGCUGUAGAAUCCCAUGUCUGUAUGCUCUGGUUGGGGGGGAAAUAGUCCCGCUAAACCCUGGCUAGGAUUUAUCACUACUAAUGCAUGGUUUGCUUCCCUGUUUUGAGUAGCUCAGCUGGGCACCCUUUUGAUUGUUGCUGUGUGACCCAUCUUUCUGCCUGAGUGGGUCUGUUAACCAUUUGGAGUUCAGGUAGUGUUCCUGGACCUCUGGAUGUGGAGUGCAGCUUGGACUGUCCUCCAGUUUGGCAUCCAGUCCACAAAAUUGUGGUGUGUUUAUUAUGCAAAAGGGGUAUGAAGCUUCACCAUUCCCGCCUUGCAAGGGAGUUGCAGCUCUUGUGGUAUCUGGCCAUGGUCUUUGGCUAGAACAGCUCUACCAGUCUUCUCCUUCAGCUGUGACUAGAAUUUUUUUGGGGGGGCCAAGGCUUCCAGAGUUGGGGCACUCAAGAGGUCAGCUCUUCCAUCACAGUUUCCCUUCCUUCUACUUAGUGAGUCAGAAGGCGGAGGAGGUUUAGGAUGGUCAUGUUUUUCCUUUUCUGGGUUGGGGUCUUCCUCUUCAUUUACUCACUGCUCUCACUGACUGCAUCAAACAUAUUCUGUGUGUCUUUCAGGAGCCCAGAUACGAUGAAAAUGAAAAUAUCCCUACUCCCAAGCAAGAAUGCCUGUCACUUUUUGAGAAACGGCCAGCUCCACUUCAGGUGCGCUUCUCCUCAUUUUGCCAGCUUUGCUGGGUGGAACUUCAUGGGCUAGGAUUUACUGGGAAGCCAGUAGAGAGAUGCUAUAUGAUGUGUGAAGCAUGUUUUCAGUAUUUGCUCUAAAAUAUUUUUAUUGGAGAGACAAAUAUCAUGGUCUAUGCUGUCAUAUUUCUGCAUGAUUAAUGAUUUCAGCAUGAUAAUAAGUCUUCACUUAGAAAGACUGAUUUUCAAGACUCUGGCUGCUGAGCUCUCUUCUGCAUUCCUACCAUGUUGGAUAUUCAGCUCACCUGUAGGAUCUGUUAUGGUAAUUCCUGAAUAUUAGAUUUAGUAGAUGUGUUCUUACUUUCUCAGUUGAUCUGUGAGAGGGCCUUCCUGGACUGGUUAGGAAUGACAUCCCUCCACUCCCCUAAUGGCCCUCCAGCUAGCCUCCAUUUUUGGAGUUGCCUGUUAAGUUGAGAAGUCGUCAUUUGUUAGCAGUGGAGGUACCAAAUUGUCAUAAUUUCUUGAACUGGCAGGUACUUUUUGGCAGAUGAACCGAUGAAAUUGUACUUUGCCAGAGCAUACAUCAACAUGGAUUACACAUUUGUCUGUCAGUUUGGAAGCUUCUAAAAAUAUAUGCUGAAUUCUGAUUGGUGUAAAGGAUGAACAACCUUAGGAUCCACCACAGGGAAGGCCUUGAUAUGGUAAGAGUGUAUCUGUUAUUUCCCAAGUAGACUGGAAAAGAACCCUUAUUGUUGCUUUUCUGUACUGUUACGAAACCACUUUAUUGGAUGUGUUGCAAUAGUCCACCCCAUAUUUAGUUUACUUGUUUAUAUGUUGUCAGUUAUUUAAUAUUUAAAUUAAUGUUUCAUUUAC